CGCCAAUAGUCUGGAUAUCUUACUCAUUUGACCUCCGACGAAGCAUCAAAUGAUUUUCAAUGCUUUUAAAUUUUUGAUAUGUCUUUAAGGACUUCAAUAUCUAACUCCGAGAGUUGGAAUUACAUCAUUCCAAUAUCUGGUUGUUGAGAUAUGGAUGUCCAAAGAUACCUCAAAAAUCUGGAGAUCAUCUACGCCAAUGAGGCUAUCUUGCAAGGGCCAACUCAAUGGUGCUACAAGUGUUGUGGCUAUGGUCAUAUCUACUGGAUAUGGCCAAAUGAACAUGCCGUACCGUAUGAAGAAUGGGCCAAGAUUAAUGAAGAAGCUUCACGUGCAGAAGUUUUGUUUGAAGAAACAAUUUGUGAAGAGGAAAAGAAAAGCUUCAACGACCAGCUUGUCAUUGUUGAAGACGUCUCUGAUUUUCAAGUCAAAGAUGAAAAUGACGUCUUCAUUGAAGAACCAGAUUCCGAGGUUGUGGUGGAGGAAACUACACCGGAUGUUAUAUAUUCUAAGGAAUUAAAUAACACAGAGUAUUAUCGUCCAAUUGGUGAAGAAGAAUCUUAUUUCAUCUUUGAAGGAUAUGUGAAGCAGGUCCUAAAUUUCCUUCAAUCUCUUGUCCGCUUCCCAACUAUACUUGGCUCUUGGUACGAACCACCCUACUCCCGUGACUAUACCUUGUUUGCUGAAGAACAAAUUGAAGCAAACAAGGUGGCAAUUCGAGAAAGAGCAAAACUUCUUGAAUCAGUCCGGAAGGAAAAGGAGUUCGAAAGGAGAUUAUGCGAAGGAUCAGAUAUGAUGCAGAAAAUGCUAGAUGACUUCCAAAGAGAGAGACUAGAAGCCGAAGCUAAAGCUGAUAAAUUAGUCAAUGAUCUCUGCAAGGCUGUUGAACUUAAACGCUCCCUCCCAUCUCAAGAUCAAAUGAGGGAGAUUAAUGUUCAAAAAGAGGCUUUAGAACCUAAGACCAACCCUGAACCCAUCAACCAUCAGGUCCCGGUUCUAGAAGAUUCACCUAGUCCCGCACCAUCACAGAAACCCGAGAGCAUAACAACUCUUGCUAGGGCUACUGUGGUGAGGUUACCUGAAUGUCCUCCUAGCCAGGUCUCAACCAGCAUAGUCGUACAUGAGGUGGAACCAACUGAGGGACCUGACUCAGAACCACCUAUGCUUACUCAAGAAAAGAAGGAGGAAGUUUUGCCUAUGGCAAUAAAUGACCAUCUCCUUAAUUGUGUUGAAGACACACCUCUAGAGGAAUCUGUUCUGGAGGAGAUAGAGCCCACUACCUACCCCCAAGAUUCCAACGUUCAAGAGUCUGAGGAGGAAUCUAUAGAUGAAAAAAUACCUAGCACAGAGGAACCAAUAACGUCUAUAGAUAAUCAUGCUCCAUCAGAAGACUUAGACCAAACUUUCUUUGACUCCCUACUUGACGGGUGUGACUUUGUCUGCCCGAAGGAUAGUUGGAGCCAAAAGAGUUGGGAUGAACUUCUGGUAAGUGACACUGAAGACUCAUCCAUGGGGGAAAGCACGGUCGUAAUCAUCAAACCACAAAUGGAUGGUCAGCCUGUUGAAGAUAAGGAAAAAAUCAAUCUCGCUAUGAAGGCCAAUGAUGUGGAUCAACUAAGGAGACUUCUGCCACCACCCACCUAUCUAGAGUCUCCUCCUUUUAUCCUGUUGCCGCCAAGCUGCAGGGACGAGUCAAGGAUCCUGGACCUUGACCGAGCAACAAAUCAAACAAGGACAGAGGCCGAGGCGUCCAAGUCAAAGCGUCGAAGUCCAGGCGUCCAGAUCGGGACGCUUGAGCUGCUCCGGCCAACCAGACCAAAUAAGGGAGACUAUGAGACUCUAGAACUUAAGAUUAACCUUAAACCACUCAAUCAUCAGACCCUAGUUCUAGAAUAUUCACCCAGACUAACACUAUCACAGAAACCUGAGAGCAUAACAACUCUCGCUAGUGCUACUGUGGUAAUGUUACCUGAACCCAUGCCUAGCCAAGUCCCAACCAACUUAGUCGUACAUGAGGUGGAACCAACCAAGGAACCUGACUCAGAACCACCUAUGCUUAUUCAAGAAAAGGUGCACACAACAAAUCCCCAAGAUUCCAAUGUCCAUGACUCUAAGGAGGAACCUAUAGAUGAGGAAAAAUCAUGCAUAGAAAGGCCAACUCCGUCUAUGAUAACCUGCGCAAAUGAUUAUUCAACUGAUGAUUCAGACCAGACUUUCUUUGAUUCCCUACUUGACGGGUAUGACUAUGUCUGCCCGAAGGAUGGUUGGAACUUAAAGAGCUGGGAUGAACUUCUGGUGAGUGACGACGAGGACUUUUCUUUAGGGGAAAGUACGGACAUAAUCAUUCCGCCACAAAUAGAUAGUCAGCCUAUUGAAGACAAGGAAAAAUUCAAUAUCGCUAUAAAGAUGGAUGUUGCUUGGAUGAUUCCGCAUGGAAACCGCCGCACCUUGCAGAACAUGGAGGAGCUUCCCUUGCACUCAGAAGAAGCGAAAAAGAAGUUUCUCACAUGGGGAAACACGAAGAUGCUCCAGCCUCCCAUGGUGCUGGACCUUGCCUAUCUGGAUGAACUAGGGCACUGGCAGGACAUUGAUGAGUUGCUCUAUGACCCAAAAUGGAGGAUCCUGCUAUUCUUGCAUGCACCAGCCAGCCUGGAAGCCACCAUCAAAUAUCUUUGUUCCCUCCGCUUCCUCAAUGACGGAGAGGAGGUAAAGUCAGCAGCCGAAGUCACCGCCACCACAAAGGUCACGUUCACUCUGAUGGGUCGACUACUGAACCUUACCGUGGCAGACUUAGGGUGGUUGAUUGGUCUCUACACGCUUGAUGAAACGUGGAGCCUGGCCUUUGCUAAUCUGCGCGACCAGUUGGAUCCAGAAUUCGAUGUUAAGAAGUUCUGGCAAGCUCAUGGGCAUGGAAGAUUUCAUAAUGGAGCAAGCUUAGCUAGAAAUUGGGCACGUCCGUCUUGGAGAAUUUUGCACCAUGCAUUAGCUCACAGCUAUUUCGGCCGCUCUCAAGAACCUGACGUGUUUGUCUUGUGUGGGCCAAUGGUUACGCUUCUGGCCCGGGGAUUACGUAUGUCAGUUCCAAAUGUUCUCCCAGAAGCUGCAAGCAUGUUCCGACCACCGACGGGGUAUUUGGCCAUGAUUGCCUACAAUAAGGAAGACAAGGAGGCACGUCCUAGACAGAAGCAUACCAUUCCUAUGACUCUUCGCGAGCUUUCGCAGGCUAUGUUUGCAUUCCAGGAUUCUGUGGAUUCUCGUUUGAGGAGCAUGGAGACACUCCUUCUCACACAGCAGUGGCAGGUGGAGAAAAUACUCGACUACAUCCAGGAACAAGGAGCAAAGAAAACGGAGCAUGAGGCGAGUCGGGUCCUAAGCAAGGCAAACGUCAGGGAUACCACGAAGCCCAAACAAACCAGGGCCCAAGGCGUCCAACUUGGACGCUUGGCCAAGUUGGACGCCUUGGCUAGAUUGCAGACCAAGGAAGACACGUGGCAAAACCUGAUUGGCCGGAGCAGCUCAAGCGUCCCGAUCUGGACGCCUGAACUUGGACGCUUCGACUUGGACGCCUCGGCCUCUGUCCUAUAAAUACAGCGCGAUUCUCCACAUUCCAUCCAUCACCAUCACUCCCAUUCUCGGGAAUUGAGCUCUAUAUUUCAGUUCCAAGUUCUAGUUUAUUAUUAUAGUAGUUUUAGAAUAAUUUUUGGAGGAAUUCUACUCCCGAUCUGUUCAAAUCCGCUUUUACGGAAGUUGUAAGUAUUCUUUAUUUAAUAAAAUGGUGUUUUAAUUUAUGUUUGCAUAGUAUUAUAAGUGUGGGGUCCGGAUCUCUGGGUCCGGACUAGUUUGGUUGUUUAUUAUGUUAAAUUAAUGUUGGAAUGGUUA